CAUUUCCAUCACAGCUGCAUUACCAGGUUGUAGCACACAGGCUACAGAGGUACCAAGGCUGGCCAGAAAUGGGGACUAUUAAGAUGGAGAAGCAUCCCUUUUUUGCUGUCAUUUUUUGUGCUGUUUUCAUGCACAAGGUCCUAGGAUAUCCAUACAACGAUGUCUCCAUAGCUUGUGACUCCAUGUUGCCAGAUCAUGGAAGUGGACCACAGAGGUCUACACCGCCUUAUGUCAUCUCAGUAUCAUUUGAUAGAUAUGACCCUGGAAAUGAAAUACAAGUGACUCUAGAAUCAACAUCACCAUAUGGAUUUACAGGAUUCAUGGCACAGGCUCGAGAAGUUGAUGGAAAUACUCCUGUUGGUAUGUUUCGCAUUGUAGAUUCAAACACACAAGGCCUUCGAUGCUCCAAUGUUGCGAAUUCAGCAGUCAGUCACAGAAAUCCCAGUGUGAAGCACAGAAUUACAACAAAUUGGGUUGCUCCCGAGGGUACUAGAAAAAUUAGGAUAAUGGCAACUUUUGUUCAAGAUGAUGAUAUCUAUUGGACUGGAGUUCAUAGCAAAACGCUCUCACCCAGAGGUUUUGACAUAGCUAAUGAUACUGAGGCCUUCAAUGUUACCGAGGCCUUCAAUGAUACGAUGACGGCCAAUAGCUCAGACAUAGCCAAUGUUACAUCCAUAGUUUCAGAGAUCACUACUGGUAUUGAAACUCCUGAUGAGGAACAGGAAGAAACUGACGUCAGCACCCUCCUUGCUGCGGCUGAAGCAGAGUCUGAGACCCCUGUCAACACUAAGAAGACAGAUGAAUCCAAAAGUGAAAAUGACAUACGAAAAAGUAGGAGAAAGUCAGUUGUGACUUUCGACAUAAAGUGUGGCGAGGGUGGAGUAUACCAAUCCAGCAGUGGUGCUUGCGUCAAGAAUAUGCAAGGUUCAUCUCAGAGCAGCGGCAAACAUUCUGAAAUUAUUGUGGUCAAACAAGGAAAAGGCAGCAGCAGCAGCAGUGGAUGUAUGGGGGGCAAAGUUGGAAGUGUGUACAACCAAUAUGGCUGUGGAGAUGCUGGAACUGACAUUAGUGAUCAGUCUUCAUAUGGCCAGUCUGUUUCCACCAAGGCAAGCAGCAAGGUAUACACCUAUCCAGAGAGCAAGCCCUUCCCCCCAGAGCGUGAAUCCACUUCAUCGAAAAUUGCAAAUUCCAAAUACAGUGGAAUCAUUUAUUCCAAGGGUUCAAAACCUCAGAGUGGUUCAUCAGAAACCGUCCGCAUUACUGUCCAGGGUGGACAAGGCAGCCCAGCUUGUGAUAAGAGUUCAUCUUCCUAUAAUAUCCGGGUUUGUAACCAGCUGGGCCAGCCUUCAGUCUCACAGAGUAGCAGUUCCUUUGGUGCACAGAGUGGAAAAUUUUCAUCAAGCAGCAGCUCUAUAUAUGGUCAGGGCUCAAGAACUCAAAGCGGUUCAUCAGAAACUGUCCGGAUUACUAUUCAGGGCCAGCCUUCAGGUUCUCAGAGUAGCAGCUCCUAUGGCAUACAGGGUGGAUCCUAUUCAAACAGAGGCAGCUCGUGUGGUCAGGGGACAACGUAUGACAGCAAUCCCUGCAAUCAGGACCAAGCCUCUUUCUCCUCUUCUUCUUCCUCUUCUUCACAAAGCUCUUACAACAACCAGGGCCAAGCAUCGUCUUACAGUAAUCAGCUGUAA